AUGUCUGAAUUCAACGGCCGUCGGGCCCCGAACUUUUCCCAAUACCUGGAAGAUCUGAAUGCCAUCCCUUCGCCAUAUGAUCAGGCUAUGCAGCAGCAACAGCAAGAAUCCUACAACUUCGAUGCCGAUCUCUCGUUGUUUACCAACACCGAGUUUUUUGACUUCGACCACUUUGGCGACAUCAACCUGCCUGCUUUUGAUUCGGUGGAUAAGACUACAGUGAAGAGGGAGACCGCGCAGGAUGCCAACUCCGACAUGGAUUUCUUGAAUCUUCUAGGAGGCUUCGGCAAUGUCAACGACAUUCCAUCCUCCAAUGUGAAUGCGGUCAACACUCAAGCUGUGCCACCACCUCGCAACCCACAGUUCUCCGCUCUGCCGCCCUUGCCGAAUGCUCCCUACAAUGUGAACCCGGCUCCGAGUCAGGCGUCUUCACAACAUUCUCCGCAGUCAUCGUCAUCGAUGUCCCCUCCCGCUGCUACCGCUGUACCUCCUGCUACCACUUCCUCCUCGUCUGCCACCGCGCCGAAGCGUAAGAACACCCAGAAGGUCCCACCUAUGAGCGUCGAAGAGGUCGCCCGCAUCGCGGCGGAGGAAGACAAGCGCCGGCGCAACACCGCCGCCAGCGCCCGCUUCCGUGUGAAGAAGAAGAUGCGCGAGCAAGCUCUCGAGAAGACCGUCAAGGAGACCACGGAAAAGAACACCGCAUUGGAGGCUCGCGUCACAGCCCUGGAGUUGGAGAACCAGUGGCUGAAGAACCUCAUCACAGAGAAGAACGGGCAGACCUCAGAAGAGGCCAAAAAGUCGGAGAACGAUAUUGCCAUCAUGUUCCAGAAGUUCCUCGCCUCACAGCAGAAGGACAGCGAACGGAGUACUUCUGACUCCAAGAUCGGCGUAGGCACUGCCUAG